AUGACUAAUGAGGCUGUGCUGACUAACUGUGGCUCGUUCACCUCUACUUCGACCUCAUCCAUGCAUCUACAACAUCCGCGGACUGCUUUUAUUUACUGCAGGCAAUCAACAUCAACAUCUAAUCCACUGCAUAGCCGUGCUCAACGCGCUCUCGUCGCCGGAGUAGAUGGCAGCCUCCCUCUGCCGUCUCUCCGCUCCCACCACCUUCCACCACCACCACCUCUUCUUCUUCUACCUUCUCCUCUUCUACCGCGCUCCCCCCCUCGCCUGACACUUCCCCCCAGCCCAGUCACCAUGGAGGGCGGCGGAGGAAACAUCAAGGUCGUCGUGCGCGUCCGCCCGUUCAACUCAAGAGGUAUCUCUCUCCUCCCAUCUCUAUUCCUUGCUAUUUCCUUUUAA